GCCUUCCAGGUGUAUUCAGACUCUCUUCCCCUACUCUCUCUCUCUCUCUCCUUCCUUUUUCUUGCGUUUUCCAACAUUCUUUUCUUAAAUGGACAGAAACCAGUUGCGUAGGCAGGUUGCUCUCACAAAGCAGUCUCUUUUUGAUCAGGGAUUGCUUGAUGAACAAUUUAUCCAGCUUGAGGACCUCCAAGAUGAUGCAAACCCUAACUUUGUGGAGGAAGUAGUCUCAUUGCACUACAGGGAUUCAGCUAGACUGAUCAGUAACAUAGAGAAAGCAUUGGAGAAGAAUCCUCUUGACUUUAAAAUGUUGGAUGGCUAUAUGCAUCAAUUCAAGGGAAGCAGCUCAAGCAUUGGGGCCAAAAAGGUGAAAGCUGAGUGCACUCUCUUUAGGGAAUAUUGCAAGGCAGGAAAUGGAGAAGGAAGCAUGAGGACAUUCCAACAAAUCAAGAAAGAAUAUGCAACGCUGAAAAGGAAGCUUGAGACUUAUUUUCAGUUAGCAAAGCAAGCCGGGCCUGCUGACACUGCAUGUCGGCCCAAGUAACGAAUGCCAGGCAGAUGAAGUGAAGCGUUUGACUGGUGAUUCUAGAAUGCUUUGAGCACCAGAUCUCCAAAACGUAGAGGGGGUUUGUGGGGUUUUGGGCUUGCUUACAAGCUUUCUUAAUUAUAUUAUAUGUGUUUAAUCUAACCGAAAAUGCAUGGGCGUGGCUAAUUUAAUAGAUUUUGGGUUCCCUUGUAUACAUGAAACGAAUGAAUGGAGUACUGUAGUUUUGCACUUUUGUUGACU